AUGGGCGUCAGAGGCAGAUACUCAAGCCGGCGCUUCGGCCGUCACAUCAAGGUCAUAGCCAUCACCUUUUUCUUCGUAUUGCUAUGGACAUUCCGCGAACAGCUCCGCCUCGACCGCUACGGACUCGAUUCCAGUAUCGUCUCCUGGAUUCCACGCCCACCGCAGGACAUUUUCGACUUCGAGCCUCUUAACUCGGAUGUCAUCCGAGCCGUCUGCAGCGCUACGGAAUGGGACGCGAAAAGCAAGAUGCAGGUGGUCUUCACCUGCGACAACAACGUCGGCGGGAUCGCCAACAUUCGCAACUCGAUCCUCAAUUGCGUGAGGUACACCAUGCUGGCGGGCGGAUCGCUGGUGCUGCCGCGCAUCUUCGUGCCCAGCGAGUCAGACACCUCAGCCAUUGGCACCGGCAGGAGGCAGAACUUAGGAUACAUGUUCGACAGAGAUCAUUUCGUCGAAUCGCUCCGUCUCUCGUGUCCUCAGCUCCGCCUCUUCAACAACACGGACGAGGUCUUUGAGAGAAUCGGACGCCCGCGAACCUGGUCGCUCGGCCUCUUCCCCGAAUCCCUCGUCGAGGAGGAAAACAUCCCGAGCACCGGCAUCGAGCACCCCGACAAGUGGAAAUCCCUCCUCUACGAAUGGCUCGACACCAUCGACGAGAACAUCGACGUCGCGCCCGCGGGCCAGCCCCCCAACGGCCCGAUGCUGGUGGACCUGGGCCGGUCGUACCUCACGUACCCGAUCGACCACGACGGCGAGGUGUUCGCGACGACGUUCGGCAAUGUCCUCAAGUUCCGCGCCGACGUGCGCGAGCUCGCGACGGCGACGAUCCUCGGCAUCGACCGGCACUUCUUCGGCGCGCACCUCCGCACCGGGGGGGAGGAGGCGGACGACGGGCUCGCGCGCUGGGCUCCCUCGGACCCGAUGUGGCAGUGGACCGAGUACGCGAAGCAGACGGACGCGUAUUUUGAUCAGGCCGGGAGGUGGGACCUUUCGGUGAUGUACGUGGGCGGCGGGAACGAGACGCAGGUGGCCGUGAUGGAGGCGGACGCGGAGCCGCGCGGGGUGACGGUCGUGACGAAGCGGGACCUGCUGGUUGGGGAGAACCGGAAGAGGUUGGACGCGCUGGGGAGGGAGCACCAGGAGAUGAUCGACUUUCUGGUCAUGCUUGGCGCGGCGCAAUUUGGGGGCGUCGGUUACUCGAGCUUCGCGUGGAAUGUGGCGCUCAAGAGACACAUUUUCUCGGUGGAGAAAGAGAGGUUUCUUGAAGGGCCGCAGAUGCUGAGCGAUGAGUUGAGUCAGACAAGACGUGAACGCGGUGUCCUCGCCCAGCGCGAAUACCGCAAACGACAUGCAUCAAAAGUUCAAAAACUGCAAGAUGAGAAUAAGAAGCUAAAAGAUAUCAUCGGUGAUAUCAACAAGGCCCUUGAGCGGCAAGGAGAUCUCUCGGAGGACUUGAGAGCCGCCUUGUCCAAGGCCCGUGAUCUCGCAGGCAUCGGCAGUAGUAUUUCCACCGAAGAUGAAGCGUCGACGAGCAAUGAAUCCUCCUCUGGACAGCAGACGGAGCCGCUGGACCCGGCAAUCGAAGAAAUCAUCCGCCUCGACCCCACCAUCGCCGGCGAACUCGUGCCAACCGGGCGCUUAAGUCCCCGACUGGACUACGGCCUCUGGAUCGACCCGGACCGCAUAAUCAGGAUCCUCGAGCCCCCAGUCGACAUCGUCCCCUACUUGGGGUCUGGUAUGAACACCCUGGCAGGCUGCAUCUUUUGGUCAACCAUGAACUACACCAUCGACCUGUGGAACUCCCGCUCGACACCCCUCUCAACGAAAUACCUAGAUCGCAUGUUUAAUCACUCAAAACACCUCACCGACCGUCAGUUCCUUUUAUCCUUAGCCCAGGCUAGGGUGGAUUACAAAGAGAAAGGGUUCAUGUACAAGAAGCUAUCGGAGCAGUUUGAACGAAACGCCAUGAAUGAGCUCUAUCAGCGCAUCAAGGCUGAGUACGAGAUGCGAGGGCAGCCGAGUAGGUGGUGGAAGAGGCCGGAGGAGGUCGCAGAUACCGUACUCAGCAUGCUGGGGGAUGCGCUGAGGGAUCGAUUCCAAGCUGUGAUUGACGGUCACGGAACGAAAGAGGACGCAGAGUUGUUGAGGCCGCUGGUUACAUGGUUGGCGCAGAAUUUCAUCUGCUUUGGCGAUGGUCCUCGAUGGAGCUCCGUGUUUGUUUCUGUGGCAGUGGGAAGUUGGUUAAAUGAGAUGAAGAGACGGGAAAGUCUUGAGGCAUGA